CUGAGUUCAGGAUCACAUUUUCAGACCAUGUUGAAGACCAAGUUGAAUGUCCUAACUCUUCGGAAAGAGCCUCUUCCUACAGUGAUCUUCCAUGAGCCAGAAGCCAUUGAGUUGUGCACCACAACUCCAUUAAUGAAGACCCGGGCCCACACUGGAUGCAAGGUAUUUGAAAAAUCAAAAACCCAAGUGCUGACUCUGAAGGGGGAGCCCAUUCCCAGGGCCAUAUUACACCCUCAGACAACACACUUGAAUGGCCCAACACCACUGCUUCAGAGCCAUUCUGGAGGGAGAGUUACAUAUUUGGGUAAGGUGUCCACAACAGGGAUGCAAUUUUUAUCAGGCUGCACAGAAAAACCUGUCAUUGAAUUGUGGAAGAAGCACACACUAGCCAGGGAGGACGUCUUCCCAGCCAAUGCCCUUCUGGAAAUCCGCCCCUUCCAAGUCUGGCUUCAUCACCUGGACCACAAAGGCGAAGCCACAGUCCACAUGGAUACCUUUCAGGUGGCACGUAUUGCCUACUGCACUGCCGACCACAACGUCAGCCCAAACAUCUUUGCUUGGGUUUACAGGGAGAUCAACGAUGACUUGUCCUAUCAGAUGGACUGCCAUGCUGUAGAGUGUGAGAGCAAGCUGGAGGCCAAGAAGCUGGCUCAUGCCAUGAUGGAGGCCUUUAAGAAGACUUUCCACAGCAUGAAGAGUGAUGGCCGGAUCCACAGGAAUAGCUCAUCUGAGGAAUUGUCUCAUGAAUUCGAAUCUGAUGAUGGCUGACUCAACUCAUUGAUGGUACAGCAAGGGCAGAAAU